AUGCAUCGCCUUGACGACCUCCAGAGUUGGCUGUCGUUCCUGCUGGUGACCAUCAGUCUCAUCCCCAAGGCCGCGUACUGCGGUGUGACCAUGCAACUGCAGCUGGUCUCCUACUCGAACCCACGGUCUCAAGUGAUCAGUGCGCAAAACGAACAGUUUUUCUGCGGAUACUACACGAAGGUGAAUAAGGACGAGCGCACGGAGCAGUGCAAGUUAAGCUUCACGACGGUUGUCAAUCCUGGCGCUCCUGACGGGGUACCUCUGGUUUGGGAAACUCCAAUGAUGGUGAUGCCCAUAACGCCAUCAAAGAGUGGUUUCAGCAAAAUAAAUUUCGCCAACGGUUCUCUGUAUCGCCCCGAAGGAUGCGAACCCUUCGACGAGUUGCAUCUUUGUGUGGAAACAACGUGGGCGACUCCACAACAGUUCGUCCUGCCGGCUCCUCCGCCAUCGGUGGAAGUACUUGUCAGAAGUAUCGGAACGAUUUACUCGUCAAACGCGGUUCAAGUGCUGAAAAUGGCGCCUGUCAUGUUUGACUCUUUCGUGUUUAACUUGACUACACUAGCACCGCUUCCAUUCAACGCGACCAGCGUUCCUCUGGUGUCGAUAUCACUCACAAGCAGCUACAUAGCACAGUCAAGGCAACUGGCAGUAGAAGGCUUCAAAGACCUGGGUGUCCUAAAUAAAGGCCAUGCAAUGGCAGAUCCUGUGGAGGACAAGAAGCCAGGGAAAAGCGUAUUUGACCAGUUUCAUGUCGUUGAAAAUUUUGAUGAGUUUUUUAUAUUAAGUUGCGAAAUAGCAGUUUCGAUGCAGUGCGCCAGCGGAAGUUACGGCAGAUACUGUGAGUUCGACUCAUGUACCGAAUUGGAAGCCAGUUCUGCAAUGCUGCUGUGCACGAAGCCGGUGUACGUGGCAUCAAGCGAUAACCCCCUGUAUUCGGAAAAUGCCAUCACGAAGCAGGUACAAUAUUAUCUCUGCAACGGUGCCGGCGCGUCGUGUACCUUCUGUCCGUUGGGAGUCACAGGCAGCAGGUGCAUAACGUCUGAAGACAUAACCAACGAAGCUUACUCAGCCAACAACGUUGGCGUCCUGAUUGGCUUGACGAUAGCGUUUGCGCUGUUGUUCUUGAUCGUGCUGAUAUGCUUGAUCGUUGCGGUGUGGAUGAUUCUGAAGAGUCUUGCUGCGGUUGCUCAAGGUUACAGAGUUCCUCAAAGAACUCUCUCCAUUGCCAAAGACUCUCAGACUGCCCUUCUUUCCAGUUCGGAAACGGUCGUCAGUCUGCCACAGUACCUGGACAUCUGGAAAUUUGACGCCAGCAUCCCAUGUUACUUUACCCAAGAAUCAGCUUUUGCUAUCGCCUUGCGCUCUUCUUGA